ACUCCGUGCCCCCACGCCGCCCGCCCGGCUCGGGGGCGCGACCUGCGGGGCGGAGGGGCCGGGCAGGAGCCGCGCCGGCCGCAGGCACUGACCAGCGGCAGGGCACUGACCGGCCACGCCGUGUUCGUGGGAACACGGGCAGAUCGUCAGAGCGGGGGCGGAGGCUAGUGUAACUGACAGAAUCUAAAAGGAGACAUAUUCACCAAAUAUGGAAGAGGAUAUCAAACCUAUCUUGGUUCCUGUGGGAGGUGAUGAAAGCAAUUAUGGAAUCAUGAAUAUACAGUUUAAUCCAGAAGACUAUAAGUGCAAAAGACCAUUUCAUGUGGAGCCCACAAACAUAGUCAGUGUGAAUGAUGACAUGCAAAGAGUCACUGAUGAAGCUUCAGCAAUGAAUAAGCGGAUUCAUUACUAUAGCAGGCUCACAUCCCCUGCAGACAGAGCAUUGAUUGCUCCUGAUCAUGUCCUCCCAGCUCCUGAUGAAAUCUAUGUGUACAGUCCAUUAGGAACUGCUUUCAAAGUUGACAGUUGCACAGAUGGCUAUGGUAAAAACUCCAGUCUAGUGACAAUAUUUAUGAUAUGGAAUACCAUGAUGGGUACAUCCAUAUUAAGUAUACCAUGGGGAAUAAAACAGGCAGGCUUCACUUCUGGAAUUGUUCUCAUCUUACUGAUGGGCAUUUUGACUCUUUAUUGCUGUUACAGAGUUGUGAAAUCACGGCAAAUGAUACCUUUAACUGAUACCUCAAACUGGGAAUUCCCAGAUGUUUGCAAAUAUUAUUUUGGAUCCUUUGGUCAAUGGUCAAGCCUCUUAUUUUCUAUGGUAUCACUUGUUGGAGCUAUGGUUGUUUAUUGGGUACUGAUGUCCAACUUUCUGUUCAACACAGGGAAAUUUAUAUACAACUUUGUUCAUGACAUUAAUGUAACAGAUAUUGUUCCUGGCACCAAUGGAAGUAACAAAGUCAUUUGUCCAAGUGCUGCUGGUGAUCACCCACCACAGAACAGGAGUGUGAUGUUCUCUUCUGGCAACAGAACAGGUUUUGAACUCUUUGAGGAAUGGUGGGACAAAUCAAAAACAGUACCAUUUUACCUGAUUGCAGUUCUUCUACCCCUGCUAAAUCUGAAGUCUCCGUCAUUCUUUGCGAAGUUUAAUGUCCUAGGUACAGUUUCAGUUGUCUACUUAGUUUUUCUGGUUACAGUAAAGGCUGCUCAUCUGGGAAUACACUUAGAAUUCAACUGGUUUACGGAGAAUGAAUUUUUUGUGCCAGAGUUUAGAAUUCUGUUCCCUCAGCUCACAGGGAUUCUAACACUUGCCUUCUUCAUCCACAAUUGUGUCAUCACACUUCUUCAGAAUAACAGGAAUCAAGAAAACAAUGUGAGAGACCUCUCUAUUGCAUACUUCCUGGUUGGACUAACAUACCUGUAUGUUGGAGUGAUAAUUUUUGCAUCUUUUCCUUCUCCACCAUUAUCCAAAGAAUGUAUUGAACAGAAUUUUCUAGAUAACUUUCCCAGUGAUGACAUCAUGUCAUUUGUUGCAAGAAUAUUCCUGCUGUUCCAAAUGAUGACUGUAUACCCACUAUUGGGCUAUCUGGCACGAGUUCAGCUGUUAAAACAGUUUUUUGGAAAUGCUUACCCAAGCCUUUUCCAUGUGCUUAUCCUGAACCUAGCCAUUGUAGGAGCUGGAGUAGCAAUGGCAAGAUUUUAUCCAAAUAUAGGAGGUAUCAUAAGAUACUCUGGAGCAACAUGUGGCCUGGCCUUUGUGUUCGUGUAUCCAUCACUCAUCUACAUGAUCUCCCUGCACCGUGCUGGGCAGCUGACGUGGCCCGCACUGAUUAUUCACAUCUUUAUAAUCCUCCUUGGACUGGCUAAUCUGAUUGCACAAUUCCUAUUGUGAAAACUCCCCUUUCUCCCGUGGUUGUCACAAUUGGUACUGCGAUAUUUGGCAACAGCCUUGAGCAACACUGUGAGGCAUGAGGACCAUCCUCCAUGUGAGGAUCUUGGGAAAAGCUUCACCUUUGAAACAAAUUCGAAGCACAUCAUUCAAGUGCUUUACAGGAAACAUGUCUUGCUUCUCUGAAGUCACUAUCUUAUGAGAAGUGAAGUGGAGUUCUGGUUUUGUUGAAGGUAUAUCAAAAAUUAACAACGCUCAAAUAUUUUAAUAUUUUACAGCACAUUUCUCCAAACACAGAGCUUCCAGCCUCAAGCUGUGGAAGUCUUUCCUCCGAAUGAGCUGUCCUUACCUUGAUUAGCAGACAUACUUUCUCAGUAUUGUUCAGUGACUCUUUGAAAUGCUCUUUUGUUGCAGUUAUUUUCCUGAUUUGUUUGGAAAAUGAAGAAUUUAUUGUCUUUCUUCUUUUUUUUUUAGGUUAAUUUAUAGUCACUUGGGUCAAAAUGCACUCUUAAUUUUGAAUACACUAUUAAAUUGUUUUGGCAAUAUUUUUCCUCUAGGAAGUUCCAACAACGAGAAACAAUAAACUCAUGUUUCAGUGUUUUAUUCAGAACCAAUAUGUACACAACUUAUUUGUGAUCUUACAAUACAAAAAAGCCAGGAGGAUAAAAAAAAUUAGAAGGAGACAAUUAAAAUCAGUAAUUCCAGGCUUGACCUCAGUUCAACUCUGUUACUGGGCUAUUAUGUGCUGUGAAGUUGUCUUGUCAGGAUUUGCAUGUGGUUUUUAUGGAUGCAUGGUGUACACAGCAUUUGUUCAUCACAGGCCUGCCCUUGUAGGGUCUUCCUCUGGUGGUCUCUCACUUCCCCACUACGUUACUCCAGACAUUUUGGAUGUGAGCAGAGAGACAAAGCCAGCAGUCUUCAGAAUUGUGGAUGAAGUGAAAGAAUUUAAGUUUUAAAUAAUUUAUAACAGAAGCUGGAAGAAUCUGGGAAGAUAUUGUUGUGGAGUUGCUUGUUUUUUUUAACUUCUUGUUUAUGAAUUAAGAGGGUGUACAUGCAUAAGCACAUAGACACCUUCUUUCAUCUACCUGCUGUAACUCUGUGUCUUAACCCAAAACAUGCAGUAAUUAAGUUGCCAGACACUAAUGGAAUGUCAUUUUUGUGGUUGGAGAGAGAGUAGAUGCUCCUCUUUGUGCAGAUUUGCAGUGCAUUAAAAUAAUCAACAAAUGUAGAAUAAUUGAAAAAGAACUCUGAGCAAUACUAAAUUCCAAAGUAAGUAAAAGACGAAAAAUGUUGGAGUGGUGCAAUAUUUGUGAAGUAGGAGUUGGAUAAGAUAAUUAACUUGCAGGUUAAGAGUUCAUAUUUUCAUCAGAAAGACAGUGAAAAACAUAACUUAGGUUAUUACCAUGCUUCUCUGGAAAAUUAUGUGAAUUUUUUUUGUGAUAAUUUAAAUCUAUUUGUUUUACUUGGGCUCCUCAAACUGUGUAAAGGACACUCAUUUUCCUAAAUAUCCUUUGAUUUGUAUGAAAUACAAGAUUAUAUGGGUUUGGAAUACUAUCUGCAGAAUACAAUGUGAAACAUGCUGUGCCUUUACAUCAGAAUUGGAGAAUACAUCCAUCAUCUGUUCUGUAUUAGAGAGAACUAUCUGCCCCAUCCUGGUCAUUUUCUCCUGUGUAGACUCUUACAAGAGAAGUACUUGAAAACUAAAAGGAGAGGACAAAAGAUAGAGAUUUCCUAGCAUUGUUGGUUUAUUCACAUUAAGCUCUUGUGCUUAUUUAUUAUAGGUUCAGUGCUUAAUUUAGGUACAAACCCUGAUGAGUGCAGGUAAUGAAAUUUUAUUAUAUCCUUCCAUGUUCCAUUUGAAUAUGAUUCCUUUAUGUAUAUCCUUGUCAUUGAAGCUGAUAAUAAAAUACCCAUUGAUUUUAGCAGAAUUAAAUUCUGUUAGGAUCUAGUAGUCCACAGAAAUUCUUAAGAAAGACAGAAUUCUUGGCAAAGUGUCCUCAUUGCAUCUUGUAUCUAUCUAUUUUUUCAGUUAUGCAGUGUAAAAUUUAGAAGGAAAUUAUUCAGAACAUUUAUAGAAGACUGUUUUAGCUCUGUGUUACAGAGAUAGGUUCUUGCUGCACUGUUUAUUUAUACAAGCCUGUAAAACCUUUGAUUUGAAUUACAAACUUGUAAGCAGUAGAGUGAUAGCAAAUAUUUCAUUACACUGUCAUCCCCUGAAGCAUACUUUCUUAUGAGAAAGUAUUUUUUAAUUUUAUUACAUGCAGUUGAAAUUUUCACAAGCAUAAGAAGCAAGUCAGGAGUGUGUAAGUAAAUUGGCAUUUUUGGGAAUUCUCUUGUCAGCAUCCUGAGUUAAAUAAUACCUUAAAAUUUAAUGGAAACUUAAAUGCCCUAAAACACCAGAGGUAGAUUGCAGUGUCUUUUUUAGUGCAAGUACAAAAUGUAGUUGUUUACAAACACACACUUCAUCUGCAGUGAUGGCCAGCUAAUUUCACUUCCUUAGAUUCUGUGUUCCAGGAUAUCAUCAUGUAGCUUAGCAGAGCAAAGAAUGUAAUAUAUUGACCCAGUGGUGUAAUGUGAGAUGUCAUUUAUUACCUUUUCUCAGAAGAAAAAUAAUUUCUGUUGGAAAUACUGAAUUAUGUCUUUACACUUGAACUUUGCUGAAGUAGUUUGUGAGGUGAAACACUUCUGUCUCUGGGCAUUGACUAAGAAUCUAAGGUUUUCUUCCUAGCAGUACCAGGCUCCUUGUUUGGCACCAUCCCUAACUCAUUGCGCUCUGUCAAUCCAGCCCCCCAUUUUAUGUGAUAACUCAGUGAUGCAAACUGAAAUUUUUGUUGCAUGAGGUUUGAGCAGCUGUAGUCAAUCCUCUGUGCUGAUACCAUCAUGCUAAAAUCCAGAUCUCAGGAUACAUAAGGCGUUAACCCAGCAUGACCUUCUAAAAUUGCCAAAGAGUAAGUAGCCAGGGGAAUUCCCAGGAAGCUCCAAGAGCAGUUGUGGACAUGCCUGUGUGGUGAAUUUGUGGACAUGUCUGUAGGUUAUUACACACUUUGAGCACUGAUGCCAAGGGAUUAGUUUUUCAGUGGGAGUGUUGUGAUUAACAGAAUUAUUUUCUAAAGACAAGGACAGAUGCUAUGGCUUAUAAGUCUGUCUUCUCUUAGGACACUUCUUCUCUUAGAAAAGAACUACCUUCCCUAUAUGCUUGUACUAAUCUCAUUGCCUUCUCUGUAAUGGCCUAGCAUCAUUUUGUAAAGUUACUGUGGCCCACAUUCUUCCUUCCAGCUUCUAGUGAUCUUCAUAAUUUCUCCUGUAUUUACUGGCUCUCAGUUUUUCCUUUGUUCUUCCAGUCUCUCAUAGCUGCAUCUGUUCCUACAAAUAAUUUUUUCCCAUUCUGUCUGGAUUGGCAAUGUAAUGCUAAUAUACUAAAUCAUGUAACUCAAAAAACCUGUGCAGCAAAUAUGAACAUUUGGGUUUCAAACGUUGUGUCAUGUAAACAGAGGGUCUCAGAACGAUAUUUUAUAUACCAUUGCCUGUUUUCUUAGAGGUUCAGCCUUUCCAGUGCCUAGUGCAAAAAUACAUGAAGGUAAUGGCAUUUGGUUGCAGCACUGAACUCUUUGGUGUUGAUAGCUUGCCUGCCCAACCUUCAGGCUGCUCCCUUCUCCACCAAGCUUCUGCGCAAGGGUUGUCUUCUUUUACAUAUUCAUGGAACCUUUUUUUCCAUAGGGAGUGAGCUUGAGAGUCAGAAGGUUGCCAGAGUAGUUGGUUCCCCAUUACUGCUCUAAGCUGGCAUCUCUCAACUUUGAGUGCUCAACUAUGGGCAAGUGUUAAUGAGCCUGUAGUCAGCCCUAAGGCUGAUUAAACUCUUUUGUAGAGUUUACUAAACAAAGUUUAUAUCCAUCCACCCAUGGAUGUCUGGAAAGCUGAGAGGCAGCAGCAGUGUAAUUGAGUUACAUCACAGCUGAAGCUGUGAUGGGAAGGAGGAGAGACUUCCUGGAAUUCUGAGACAGUCAAAGGAUGUACAGUCUGCACUAUGGGAAGUCCUAGAGACUGUGUACAAGAGCCAGGCUGAUGCUGCAGUCUCCAGGUUCUACAGUAAAAUGGUAGUGAGGGAGGUGAGAGAGAUGGUAGCCUCUGGAAAGCGUGGUUUUGCCUUACAGGGUGUUGUGCUUCAGAGGACAACGGCACUAAACAUCUGUCACCUUUAUAACAUAUGAAGAUACCUACCUGAGGAAAAAUUAAUAACGGGAGAAGGAUUAGUGCUUGGCAAUAACUGGUACUGCUACCAACAAAACAGUGUCUCUCCUUCAGCUGGAAGCAAAAAAUAAUUCCAGUGGGCAGGUCACAAAAUCUGGGAGCUGUCUUCAGUAAAAAAUAUGCUAUUUUAGUAGACUUCAAUAACUUCUUAAGAGGAAGUAAAAUACUAGUGAUAGACAAAGCAAAGAUGUGUUUGGUUUAGCCCAUUGUACUGUGCUUAAUGGGGGAGUACAGUGUAAGCUUUUUCCUCUGAAAAAGGUAUGAUUCCUCUGGUAUUCUACCAGAUUGGAAUCAUGAUCAUUGUAUUCAAUUCCUUUGCACUUGAGAACACCAUUAAACUUCUUUUGGAAAGGAACAGGACUCAACUUGCCGGAUCAUUGCUACCUCUGCCUGCUGUAAUUUCAGAUGGUGGAACCAGUGCCACGUAACCGUUGCUCUGUGGUUUGUAUUUCCAAACACCAAAUGAUCCAAGAGGGGCAGGAAGGAUCUCUCUUUUUUUUUCGAAAUUUACCUAAUUAUCGCUUUUCUUAUAUACGUCCUUUUUGUAAUCCUGAAAUAUAUUAAACA